CUAAUUUUGGUGCCAAUUGUUUUGGGAAGAACAGUUAUAGCAGCUUCUAGCAUGCCAAAGAAUCUCAAGUGAAAGUGUGAUGGCUGGGAAAGUAUGAUCUCGGUAUUACUCGGGUGUCACCACUUCUCGCGAGACAAGCAAAUGAAUCAACUAGAUGAGGUUAGUGGAGGGUCGAGCCGAACGUGGCUGUUUUCUUUAUCUGCAAGAUCUGGUGCGACUGGAGUGAGGCUGUCGCCGCUGCUGUUAUCACAACUGCUAUGGGGCUGCAAGGGGUCAAAGCUGUUUUCUUUGACUUGGACAACACUCUGAUCGACACCGCCGCUGCAGGCAGGAGAGCUAUUGAGAAGGUGAUAAACAUCUUGCAGUCAGAGCAUCAUUGUGAUGAAAAAGAAGCUCGCAUGAUUUGUGAUAAAGUCCAAGCCAAACUCCUCAAAGAGUGCCAUGAUCCUUCUAAGAUGUGUAUUACUGACCUAAGGAUUCAACACUGGGGAGAAGCUAUACAAGAAGUAAAGGGAGGAACAGCCAAUCGGAAUCUAGCCACAGAAUGUUAUUUCCUUUGGAAAACCACCCGCCUGCAGCAUUUGACCUUGGCAGAAGAGACACGGAGGAUGCUCAGUGACCUUAGAAAAAUUGUCCGUUUGCUUCUACUGACAAAUGGAGACACACAGACACAAAGAGAAAAAAUUGAAGCUUGUGCUUGUCAGCCAUAUUUUGAUGCCAUUGUUGUGGGAGGAGAGCACAAAGAAGAGAAACCAGCAUCCUCUAUAUUUCGUCACUGUUGUGAACUUCUAGGGGUUGAGCCUGAGGACUGUGUGAUGGUUGGUGACUCUCUAGAUACAGAUAUUCAAGGAGGCCUGAAUGCAGGUUUGAAAGCAACAGUUUGGAUAAAUAAAACAGUAAUGGCCCCAAAAGACACUUCUUCAGUCCCUCACUAUAUUAUUUCUUCUGUUCUUGAUCUUCCACAGCUUUUACAAAACAAAGGAGUUGCUGAUUUAGAAAUUAGCCAGUUGGCUGGUAUUUGUAAUGUGUGUGAUAGUUCCACGGAGGAACCUAGGACUUUAGCCUGCUCGAGUUCAUAUUAAAGGGCAUUUUUACAUGUGACACUUAAA